AGGGCGCCUUCUGAUUGCGUCACUGAAGUCGUUCCCGUUUAUUGGCAAAGCCAGGACUCUUUGCUCAAGUCAAAACACACGUUGGUCUGUAGGUGGCGUUGGAGAGCAAGCUCCCGGCUUUGUUUCAGCCAAUCGGCAUCCGCUCCGGGCGCAUGCGCGGCAGAGGGGGACAAGUGUGGAAAGCGCUGAGGGGAGCCGGAAGGUUUUGGGAGAAGAAGAGCGAAAGGCGGAGAAGAGCUGUGACAAAACAUGCCAAGAAAACGGGUGCUGGAAAAAGAUGACAUUGUCAGCGUGAAGCGGACUAAAGUCAGUCAUCCAACACAUCAGACGGAGCCUGGGCUACUGUUGACCCUGGGGCAGGGUGAUCUCGGGCAGCUGGGCCUUGGACCAAAUGUGAUGGCACGGAAGAGGCCUGCCCUGGUGCAGCUCCCCGAGAAGAUCAUCCAGGCAGAAGCGGGAGGGGUUCACACAGUGUGCCUCACCGAGACAGGCAAGAUCUAUACCUUUGGCUGCAAUGAUGAGGGUGCCUUGGGGAGGGACACUUCAGAGGAAGGGUCUGAAUCCACGCCCGGGCUUGUUGACCUGAAGGAGAAGGUGGUGCAGGUCUCUGCUGGAGACAGCCACACAGCGGCGUUGACGGAGGAUGGGCGUGUUUUCAUCUGGGGCGCGUUCCGGGAUGAAAACGGAGUCAUUGGCUUGCUGGCUCCUCAGAAAGGGGAAGAAAAUGUGGGCAGCCCUCUCCCUGUGGAGCUGCAGUUGGAUGUACCUGUAGUUAAAAUUGCCUCAGGAAGCCAUCACUUGGCAUUGGUGUCUAUGGCAGGCAACCUGUACACCUGUGGGUGCGGAGACAAUGGCCAACUGGGCCGGGUGCCCCAGGUUUUCACCGCCAGAGGGGGAAGAAGAGGACUGAAGCUGCUGCUGCUCCCACAAACCAUCUCCGUCAAGCAGAGAGGCUGCAAGACCAAGGGGCGCAUCCGGGACGUGUUCUGUGGGUCCUAUUCCACCCUUGCCAUCACUCAAGAGGGGCAUGUUAUUGGGUUUGGCCUCUCCAAUUACUAUCAGCUGGGUUCACAAGGGAUUGAAACCUACUACUUGCCAAAGAUUCUAACAGCCUUCAAGAACUCCAGCAGAUCUUGGGUCAAGUUCUCAGCUGGUCAACACCACACCGUGUGCCUGGACUCAGAAGGAACUGUGUACAGUCUGGGCAGAGCAGACUAUGGGAUGUUGGGCCUUGGUCAGGGCAGUGCAGAGAAGGCCACCCCCACAGCCAUUCCUGGGGUCCCCAAGUCCUCUUCCGUCGCCUGCGGAGAAAGGGUUGGCUUUGCCGUCACAGAAGACGGUCGGGCUUUUGCCUGGGGCAUGGGGUCUAACCUCCAGCUUGGCACCGGCGAGGAAGAUGAUGCCUGGAGCCCCGUCCAGAUGUCUGGGCAACAGCUGGAGAACCGCACCGUUCUCUCUGUGUCCGGCGGAGGACAGCACACUGUCUUACUCGUCAAGGACAAGCAGAGUUGACAAAGUGUUGUUGCCUUGUUGCUGAGGAGCAUCCGCGGGCACCGCCUUCCUGGGUCUCUUGGAACGGGGGCUUGGGAGACCGGCUUCUGGCGGCUUUCUGCGUGGAAAACCUCCCAGGGUUUCUGUGGAGGAGAAAAUUACCUGAUAUAAAAAUACUCUCUGGGAUGCUGGAAGGUGCUCGAAUCUGAAACGGCUUCCAUCAUGGCUCUCAUCUCCGGUGGUGGUUGGGACACGGCUGCAUUUGGACCUCUUUGGUCAACCAAUUAAGUGACUGAUUUUGUCCUGCUUUGAAAACCCCCUUCAACUUUCUGCAGAUUAUUUCCCCCGCCGCUCCCUGUUUCUGAAACCAGCAGAACGUCUCCCCUGUUUCCCUCCCCUGACCAGGUUUGCUGGCUCCACCUCUUUCCCUUGCCCUACCCCCCCUCCCCACUCCCUCCAGUCUUUGCUUUUUAAAAAUACAGGAUGUUAUUAUUUCCUUUGGUUUUACUUUUUGUUCUUUCUUAGAAGUAGAUAAAACACCUAAAGUUUUAUCAUUUAGGCAUAACUCAGGUUGGUAGCUGCUUCCCCCAUGUCUGCUCUUGUGAUCGGCCAAGUUAAGGAACAAGGAACAGAGCAAAAGAAAGUCAGAAAAAAAUACUUUCAGCGCAUUUUGCACCGGGUAACUUAUUACGUUACUCUUCAAAAUGGCCUUGACCCAUGUUUAAGAAGUGUAGGUGCCUUAUAGGUAGCCUACCAUAGCGGUGACCUCAGUGCACAGCAGAAAUGGGCAAUUAUUUUGGGGGCAAGGGGAUAAUUUCUUCCUAGAUCCUACAACCCAAAUACAGCACCUUGGUCUCAGAAUGGCAGCAGAUGCACUUUUGCUUCCUGUUGCCAUUUUGGGAGAUGCCGCAGAUAAAAACAAGUAUUUUCUCUGCAGACCUCAAAGGAGUGACCGGGAAUGUCAUUGUCAUGUAGCUGCAGAAGAAUAAUAUGGGAUUCUGUGAGGAUUGAGGUAUUUUGGGAGUGUUUUGAUGCCACGUUUUGAAAGUGGCUGCAGAAAAAAAAUAUGGGAUUCUGUGAGGAUUGAAGUAUUUUGGGGGCGUUUUGAUAAAUUUAGGGUGAUUUUAGGACAAUGUUACCUGAAAAUCAUGCUGCUCAUGAGUUGGGAGACAGGUGGAGGUUUUCGGGAGUCCAGGUUGUGCCUCUGAAACGGAAUGGGAUUCCUAUUUUUUUUAAUGGACCCAAUUCCUUCCAGGUCCAUCGUCCUCGAUCUAACACUGCAAUGAUAAUUGGGGAUAAUUUCUGCAACUUUUAAAAUGUUUCAUCACUUUGGGAACAUUCUGUGCCUGCUUUCAAAAAUCCUACAAUUUGAGGAGACUAGUAAUAUGACCAAAGGGUAGUUGUCUAUAAUAUGCUGUGUGUAUAGUAUUGGCAUGGAUGAAUAUUGACAUUGACCGGUCCCUAAGUGGCCUGUAUUGUGGUGCUGUCUGAGAAGACCACGGCUUCUCUCAUAUGGUAAAAUUGCGUCUCUAACUCAGCCUUUCCACAACACAAUGUGGUUGAAGGUUAUUUUGUUGUUCUUUUAUGGGAUCUAUAUCUAUUUGCCUGGCUUUCUCGAUGACAUUGUGGGCCAAAUGCAGGCAGUGGCUUCUGUGUUGUUUACUUUCUUGAUCAGGAUGUGUGCCCACUUAUUACAGCACUCUGGGUCACCGAUUUAAUCUAGUCCACCGCAACCGUGGCAUUUCAAAGGUGACAGAUUAGUCCAGGCAUGGGCCAACUUGGGCCCUCCGGGUGUUUUGGACUGCAACUCCCACAAUUCCUAACAGCCGGUAGGCUGUUAGGAAUUGUGGGAAUUGUAGUCCAAAACACCCGGAGGGCCCAAGUUGGCCCAUGCCUGGACUAGCCUAAUUCCAGACACACAGAACAGUUUCUGACUUUGUUUCCAUUCUCCUGUCAUCUGCAAGAGUUGUACAAAAGUCUUAAUUUUUUAAAAUAUGAGGCCUGGGGUGGAAGCAGUGGGGUGCUUUUUGUGUUUUGUUUUUUUGAGAAAUAAGGAAAAAAAAUAUAUUAAAGAAUAGUGGAAUUUGCUCAACAGACACAUCUGUAAAUUUCUAACAUUUCUGAAAUAAAUUGAGUUUUGUUA